AUGUCGCUUCCCUUAAAAACUAUAAUACAUCUGGUAAAGCCCUUUGCUUGCACUGCUAGGUUUAGUGCGAGGUACCCAAUCCAUGUUAUUGUUGUUGCUGUUUUAUUAAGCGCCGCUGCCUAUCUAUCAGUAACACAAUCUUAUCUUAACGAAUGGAAGCUGGACUCUAACCAGUAUUCCACGUACUUAAGCAUCAAGCCGGAUGAACUGUUUGAAAAAUGCACACACUAUUAUAGGUCUCCUGUGUCCGACACGUGGAAGCUGCUCAGUUCUAAGGAAGCCGCCGAUAUUUAUACCCCUUUUCAUUAUUAUUUGUCCACUAUAAGUUUUCAAAGUAAGGACAAUUCAACGACUUUGCCUUCCCUUGAUGAUGUUAUUUAUAGCGUUGAUCAUACUCGAUACUUAUUAAGUGAGGAGCCAAAGAUACAAACCGAACUGGUGUCUGAGAACGGAACGAAAUGGAGAUUGAGAAACAAUAGCAAUUUUAUUUUGGACCUGCAUAAUAUUUACAGAAAUAUGGUCAAGCAAUUUUCCAAUAAAACCAGCGAAUUUGAUCAAUUUGAUUUGUUUAUCAUCCUGGCUGCUUACUUUACUCUUUUUUAUACUCUCUGUUGCCUGUUUAAUGACAUGAGAAAAAUCGGAUCAAAAUUUUGGUUAAGCUUUUCCGCUCUUUCAAACUCUGCAUGUGCAUUAUAUUUAUCAUUGUACACAACCCACAGUUUGUUGAAGAAACCAGCUUCCUUAUUAAGUUUGAUCAUUGGACUACCAUUUAUUGUAGUAAUUAUUGGCUUUAAGCAUAAAGUUCGACUUGCGGCAUUCUCAUUACAAAAAUUCCACAGAAUCAGUAUUGACAAGAAAAUAACGGUAAGCAACAUUAUUUAUGAGGCAAUGUUCCAAGAAGGCUCCUACUUAAUCCGUGACUACUUAUUUUAUAUUAGCUCCUUUGUUAGCUGCGCUAUUUAUGCUAGGCAUCUACCCGGGUUGGUUAAUUUCUGUAUUUUGUCAACUUUUAUGUUAAUUUUCGACUUGAUUUUAUCUGCCACUUUCUAUUCUGCCAUAUUGUCUAUGAAACUGGAAAUUAAUAUCAUUCACAGAUCGACCCUCAUCAGACAGACUUUGGAAGAAGACGGCGUUGUUCCAACUACAGCCGAUAUUAUAUAUAAGGACGAAACGGCUUCAGAACCACAUUUUUUAAGAUCCAAUGUGGCUAUACUUUUAGGAAAAGCAUCAGUUAUUGGUCUCCUACUAUUGAUCAACCUUUAUGUGUUUACAGAUAAGUUAAAUGCCACAAUACUAAACACAGUGUAUUUUGACUCUACAAUUUACUCGUUACCAAAUUUCAUCAAUUAUAAAGAUAUUGGCAACCUCAGUAAUCAGGUGAUCAUUUCCGUUUUGCCAAAACAAUACUAUACUCCACUGAAAAAAUACCAUCAAAUUGAAGAUUCUGUGCUACUUAUCAUUGACUCUGUUAGCAAUGCUAUUCGGGACCAGUUUAUCAGCAAAUUACUUUUUUUUGCAUUUGCAGUUAGUAUUUCCAUUAAUGUUUAUUUACUGAAUGCUGCGAAAAUUCACACAGGAUACAUGAACUUUCAGCCACAGUCGAAGAAGAUCGAUGAUCUUGUUGUCGUGCAAAAAUCGGCAACAAUUGAGUUUUCAGAAACUCAAAGUGUGCCUGCUUCUUCAGGCCUAGAAACCUCAGUGACGGCGAGAGAUAUAGCGAUCUCCGAAGAAAUUCAGAAUAACGAAUGUGUGUAUGCUUUAAGUUUCCAGGACGAGCCUAUCCGUCCUUUAUCGAAUUUAGUGGAACUUAUGGACAAGGAACAAUUAAAAAACAUGAAUAAUACAGAGGUUUCUGAUCUUGUGGUCAACGGUAAGCUGCCAUUAUAUUCUCUAGAAAAAAAAUUAGAGGACACUACUCGUGCUGUUUUAGUUAGGAGGAAGGCACUUUCAGCUUUGGCUGAGUCACCAAUUUUAGUUUCCGAAAAACUGCCCUUCAGAAACUACGAUUAUGAUCGCGUAUUUGGUGCUUGCUGUGAGAACGUCAUUGGGUAUAUGCCUAUACCGGUUGGUGUAAUUGGUCCAUUGAUUAUCGAUGGAACAUCUUAUCAUAUUCCAAUGGCUACUACUGAAGGUUGCUUAGUGGCGUCGGCUAUGCGUGGUUGUAAAGCCAUAAAUGCUGGUGGUGGUGCAACAACUGUUUUAACUAAGGAUGGUAUGACAAGAGGUCCAGUAGUCCGUUUCCCUACUUUAAAGAGAUCCGGUGCUUGCAAGAUAUGGCUAGACUCAGAAGAGGGACAAAACGCCAUUAAGAAGGCUUUUAAUUCUACAUCAAGAUUUGCCCGUUUGCAACAUAUUCAAACUUGUCUAGCAGGCGACUUGCUUUUCAUGAGAUUUAGAACAACUACUGGUGAUGCGAUGGGUAUGAAUAUGAUAUCCAAAGGUGUCGAAUACUCAUUAAAGCAAAUGGUAGAAGAGUACGGCUGGGAAGAUAUGGAAGUUGUCUCCGUAUCCGGUAACUAUUGUACCGAUAAAAAACCUGCCGCAAUCAACUGGAUCGAAGGUCGUGGUAAAAGUGUCGUAGCUGAAGCUACUAUUCCUGGUGAUGUUGUCAAAAGUGUUUUAAAGAGCGAUGUUGCUGCUUUGGUCGAAUUAAAUAUAUCUAAGAACUUGGUUGGAUCUGCAAUGGCUGGAUCUGUUGGUGGUUUCAAUGCGCAUGCAGCUAAUUUGGUCACCGCACUUUUCUUGGCAUUGGGCCAAGAUCCCGCACAGAACGUAGAAAGUUCGAACUGUAUAACUUUGAUGAAGGAAGUUGAUGGAGAUUUAAGGAUUUCCGUUUCUAUGCCAUCUAUCGAAGUGGGUACGAUCGGUGGGGGUACAGUUUUAGAGCCUCAGGGUGCCAUGCUUGAUCUUCUCGGGGUUCGUGGUCCUCACCCUACUGAACCUGGAGCAAAUGCUAGGCAAUUAGCUAGAAUAAUCGCGUGUGCUGUCUUGGCUGGUGAAUUGUCUCUGUGCUCCGCACUUGCUGCUGGUCACCUAGUACAAAGCCAUAUGACUCACAAUCGUAAAACAAACAGAGCCAAUGAAUCCCCACAACCUAGUAACGGAGGCCCUCCCUCAUAA